AGUCAAGCAAAAAUCGUAUGUAAAAAUAUUGUUUGUGCUUUUCACACCCUUCUGCCAUAGCAUGAGCAACUCUCGCUUUGAAUACUCUGAUUGGUUGUAACGGCGCCAUGAGUUCUUAGCAAGACGAUAGGGAAAUGGGCAGCUAGCAUCUACUCCGAAGCUUUGUUUCUGGAGCGUUGGUGGAGUCGGCUAGCUUUUGCGAUAUAUGGCGAAUAUAGCCGGGGGCCACCUAGCGCUGCUAUGCACGCUGGCCUGGUUCGCCUGGGUCUGCGCCGUGGUGAAUGGCACAAAUACUACGGGGUCUCAGUGCAGCAGCAUUGACACAGUAUUUGAAUUCGCUGUGAAGACGAGUUCAGACGCGCCACCAUCGGCCGUGUCUUUGGGAGCUGGUUGCAGCAUGCUCCUGCGCGAUGACUAUGUUUGCACGCCCAUCAAUCGGCCUCUAACCGUGGAGGGUGAAGCCAACGGCUCUAGCACUUGGAAUAACCAGUUCGACUUGUAUCAGUUUUCAAUCGAUUCAGGUGUCUCCGUAACACUUCGCAACCUCGUGCUGUCGAACACGCUUGUCCUAACGGGUGGCUUUGUCAACCUCCAGCCCGCCUUGUUCCAUAUGCGGGAUGGAAGUCGGCUCGUGCUGCAAAACGUGACCAUGCAAACGCUCUGCAGCACCAUUCAGUUCUACCUCAACGCCGCAACCUUUCCUCGGGGGCAGUUGACUGUGUUCACGGAUGGGGAUUCCUUGCAGCCAUCCCUGUUCAUCUCGAAUCUUACGAGGCUGGGCGUUACCCUACAGAGCGUUACGCUCACAUGCGACCCCUCCACCGCCCUGCCCGACACCGUCAACCUCCGGGUCCACACCGCACCCAUCCUCACAGCCUUUGUCAGCGCAGCCAACGGACUGGGCCUUCCCUCCAACAUCAGCCUUAUGGACAACAUAACGCUGCCGUACGUUGCAUCUUACGAUACCGACAGCCCUGACCCACGGGUCAGUGUCAUCACCGUGGACACCGCUAUUGACGGCUUCAACCUUAAUUCCACGGACGGUACCACCAGCGUAUCGUAUGUGGAUGCCAAUUACACCGCGUCUUGGAUGUAUGUGCAGCCCCCUGCACGUCUCACGCUACGGCGCUUGGUCCUUACUCGACUGCGUCAAUCCGCCUGGUCGCCUGGCGUCAUGAAUGGCGUGCUUGCGGGCGGCGUGUCCCUCUUCAUGCUGGGCUACCCAACCAGCGUUUCAGGAAGCCUCCAGCAGCCAAUACGCAUCCUGCAGAACGUGACGCUCGUCCUACCGCAGUACGAGAUCUCUCAGAUGUCGUACUGGUGUGUCAUGGUGAACAUCAUGACGCCUGCGUUCACGCACGUGGCGGGUUUCUUGCGCGCCAUCCUCUACGUAAGCGACUGUGACGUACUCGAUGGCAGCCGCUUGCUGUUCCGGAGGGUUCACACCACUACCAGCAGCUUCACUCGGACGUUGCUGACGAGCCAGGCGCCUCCCGGAGUGCCCCCAGACCCCACGACACAGCCGCCCAGUGGAACCGCGGGCUACCCGCAUGUCACACCGCCGCUGCACCUGGUGUCUAGCGGCGCGGAGUGGGCGAACGCGGUAGCUCCGGUGUUGCCGGAGGACCUACAGGGCAACAGCAGCAGUCUUGGUAACAGCAGCAGCAGCAGCACGACUGCCUCUCAGCUGCCUGUAUUGGUUCUGGUGAACGGCACGGUUGCCUUGACAUCCGAGGACAUGCGCGGCCCGGACGGGGGGCCGCGGGUGCUGCGACGAAGCGUGCUUGUGACCGCCACGCGACGCGGUUGCGGGGAGAGCCAGGACUGCCCGGUUCCUGUUUUGGAUCUGGGGAGCUUGCUGGGUUCACUGCGGAUUGAGGGGAGUAACACCACGCUGGCAUUUGAGGGGAUUACGCUGCGGAAUGUAAGCCUUGUGUUACCGCCGGAGUCGGCAAACGUGGCGGACUUUUUCGUGUUUGACAGGUCUUCCACGCGCGUGAGCUUUGGGUCCGUGAACAUGCAGUUGACGGCCGCUAGGUUUGCCAGUCUGUAUGACUCACUGGCCUCCUCCCCUUGGGGUACCUCACCAGGUGGCGUGGAGCUCUACUUUAUGAACACAUCGCUUAUUCAGGUAGCCAGUUACCAAGGCUACGGCGUGCGUUGCAGCUGGGUGAACUUCACAAUGCUUCCCGGCGAGUCGCUGCCCGCCUCAAUAAGCGGGAGCCCCACCACCGCAGCACGAGGUGCCGGGCAACGUUCCACUGUGAUUGGAGCCUGCGUGGGCUCCGUCGGCGGCGGACUCCUCCUCGCAGCGCUGCUGUUUGUGUUGCUGUCGCUGCGCCGGCGGCGGCAGCAGCGGCAACAACGCACCCUGCAGGAAAAGCACGAGUUAGGUAACGUAUUGCCGCGGUCUGGAUCCAGUCCAGGGUCGAGAUCGGGGUCAGGGUGCAGCACCCAGGAGCUCAAGGCGCCCUCCGCGGGUAUGGCGCUGGGCAACAGAAGGGGCGGCGGCUGCUGUGGCGUCGCUGCCGCCGCCGCCACAGCAGGUGCUGCCGCGCAUGACGAGGACGGCAGUGGCAGUAGCAGCAGCAGCAGUCGGAUUGUGAACGCCCUGGCCGGAACAGCUCCGAUGGCGCAUUCAGCCACCACAGAGGCAGCAGCAGCAGCUGUAGGGGCCAAAGCUGAGCAAGCAGUUGGCGAAGCACCCUGUGCUCCGGUUGCCGUUGCUGCGACUGUGGGUGCGGGUGCGGGUAGCGGCAUGGAGGACGCAGCUGCGGGUGCGGGUCCGGGUGCGGGUGCUUCUGGGAACGGCGGUGGUUGCUGUAUGGGCUCGCUUUCGAAUGAGGUUGGCAGGCCGCCAAUUACCGCUGCAGCAGCGGUGGCCGGCGCAGAUGCGGAGGCGCCUACCGGGAAUGGCUCCUCUGGGCCGGCAGCAUUAGGAACGACUGCAGUGGCGGCAGCAGCAGCAGGCGGUGGGGCUGUCGGACGGAGUGGGGAAGGAACAUUCGUUGGUUGCGGCUGCACGGGUUGCGCGCCCACGUCGCCGGCUUAUGCUACCACGUAUGCCGGAUUCGGGGCAGUGGUGGCAGCCAGCAGUGACGUGGCUAGCCCUCACCCAGUCGUGUACAUGAGCUGUCAGUGCCCAUGCGCCCGUGCAGUUGCACCUCGCACCGCCCUUCCCGGCAGUUCUUACAGUGCUGGUGCUGGUGGCUGCAGCAACAACGCCGGUGGCUUUGGUGAGUUGAGCGGUCAUGGCGCAUCUCCUGGUCUGCCCGUUCUGGUUCCAACGGUGCAGGGCCUGGUGGCCUCCCUGCCACCCGUUCCACCCAGAGGACCGGACACAGUCAUCGCAGCUAGGGCCGAUGCGCCGGGCCUGGGGAUUAGCAGCGGCAACAGCAACGACAGCAGCUGUCGUAGCGGCAUCGCUGCGACAGCGGCUACCGCCCCGGUCACCGCAGCUGCCACAGCAGAAGCAGCCAGGUCCAUCGCACGAACUAUGUCUGCUGGUCGUCAUGCUCUGUCCUCGACGGGCUUGGUGGAUGGUGGUUUCGUGUCGGGGUCGGGGUCCGGGUCUUACCGUCUUGGUGGACACAGCCCCCGUCGGCUGUGUAAGCCCUGGCGCCGCAUGUCGGCGAUGACAACCCGGCAGGCGACCCUGCUGUCGGGUGCCAUCGUCAGCACUGGCGGCGACAGCGCUCUUGGAACUGCUGCUGCGAAAUCAUCUGGACUAGGACUAGGAGGAGCAGGGGUGAUGCCAGGAGCACAUUUGCAGCAGGCUGGAAUCCUGGCGGCGCCGGAGUUGGAGAGGUUGGCAGCACCCAUGCAGGGUUCGGAUCGGGGGGACUGGCAGGGGUCCCAGUCGUCUAUGCAUCGUACGGCGACGUUUGGGCGCAACUCAACCAACACGGAUGUCAAUAGCAGCAGCUGCUCUCCGGUCGUGUCUCACAGUCCCGUUCCCAAGGUUUCCGAGCCGGUCAGUGAGGUUCAAAGGCUAAUUUCGGAGCUGUCGACCCAUGGGUCAGACCAGCUGGUAAUCCUGGAGCCCAUUGGGCAGGGCGGCUAUGGCACUGUGUACCGAGGUGUUUGGCGCAACCUAGACGUGGCGGUGAAGACGGUCCUGUUCCAGGAUCGAGCCGCUGCUGCCGCCGCCGCCGCGGUGCCGACACAUGCCUCGGCGCUGAGGUGUACACCCACACCCACUCCAGGCGCGGCGGCCCUGCCGCAAUCGCAAGCGGCGGCUCGGAAGGCAUCGUUUGUGGAAUCUUACGAGGAAUGCGCGGGGCAGCAGCUGGGGCCCGGUCAACCUGCCUCCGCUACAGACGCAGCCCUCUGCAGCCCCACCCAUUGCAGCCCGUCCCAGCAGCAGCAGGCGGCGACGCGCAGCAGUGGCCUGUUUAAGCUCUUCCUGGGCAACGGCACCAACAACGGAUCCAACUGCGGAGGAGGAGCCGGCGCCCCUGCGGCGUCCCACCCCCCACCAUCCCUCGUCGCCAGCCAGCAACGUGCGGUACUCGAAGCAGCCGUCAGCUGCUCGGUAACGCACCCUAACGUGGUGGCAACGUACCACUACGACAUCACACCGAUUCGCCCGGCUGCAGCGGUGUGCUCGGGUGGGCUGCAGGUUAGCGACUGGAACCAGUGCUGCAGCGUUGGCGUUGGCGGCGGUGGUGUUGGAGCAGCGGUGGCUGGCGGCGUUGUGAGUGAUUGGAAGCUGUAUCUGGUUCAGGAGUUUUGCGACGGCGGAUCGCUGGCGGGUGCACUUGACCACCGGACGUUUCAUGAUGCGGCUGGCAUGCCGAACUUGGCUCUGGUUCUCUGCGUCUUGGCGGACGUUGCCCGCGGAAUGGCGCACAUCCACUCCCGGAACAUCGUGCAUGGCGACCUGAACCCCACCAACAUCCUCCUGCGCACCGCCUCUGGCAGCGCCGGAGGCAUCCCGACUCUUCGCAGCCGCGGUCCCCAAGGAGCUAGCUCCACGGCGCCUGCCGUCUCCGCGGCCGCCGCCGCUAGCGGCGGCGGCAGCAUUGGUACGGCAGUCGGAGCUGGCGGCGCCGCCAAGGGCGCCAGCCUACGCCAUGAACUCGGCGUCAGCCUGGUUGCCAAGGUCGGGGACUUUGGGCUGUGUGGGAUGUUGACUCCCGGCAAGCGGCACAUCAGCAACGCCCAGCGAGGGACACCGUUCUACACAGCACCAGAAACGGUAGCAAACGGCACGCUCACCAAGGCUUCAGACGUCUAUUCUUUCGGUGUCAUGACUUGGGAGAUAUACACGGGCCGCCCGCCCUUCCGCCAUAUUCCCGACGAGGGCUUUGUACGGGAUGACUCAUUUCCUCGCCUGCCGCCGCACGUACCGCCGACGCUGACCAACCUCACGGCUGCAUGUCUCAGCACUAGCCCCGAGUCCAGGCCUACCUUUGAUCAGAUUCUGGACCGGCUUAUCUCCCUCCAAUCCAAGCUCGCAGUCAGCUUGCAGCAGCGCCUGUCUCGAUUGGUAGCAUCCCACCAGGGCGUCCUGAGCGCCGGCUUUCCACCCCAGCCCGUCUCGGUUCCAGCAGCAGGCACAUGCUCGCCUUGCGCUGCAGGACCCGCGGUCUCGCAUGCGGAAAGCGUUGACCCAGCAGUCUCCGCCGCUGUGGAGGCACCACCCGCGGCGGUUGCUGCGUCGGCCAGCACCUCCAAUCCGGAUGCUGCCGCUGUUGCCGCCAACGGCGGCGGCGCCGUCAACAUCCUGGAUACUUGCAUGCAGGGGGGUCUGGGCGCAGCAUGUGCAGUGCCGCCGCUUGCAGCGGUGGUGGUGGGUGCGGGGUCGCUUACGACAGGAGCAGCGGGAGCAGCAGGCAAUGCGCUGAUCAGCGGGAGUAGCAGCAUGGCGAGCCUGUUUGGGAUGCAACACUCGGGCGUGGGCUUUGUCAACGUCGGCCAUCAGUCCGGGGUGCAACCUGCCAUGCCGCUGUUCGGCGGGCCGGGCCGCUCACUGGGCGUUGAGUAAGGCGGUAAGGAACGGAUGACUUGCAAUAUGUUCGUUGGCUGUAUGAAGGCGUGUUGAGCGCGCGAUAGCAGAGCGACGGAUGGUGGGCCCGUGUGAAAGAGUCGCUUGCAAAUGGCUGCUUAUUGAAGGGAGGCUUUUAAGCGUUACAUGCUUCUUGCUUUCGCAUCUCCGCUCAGGGCCCGAUGUUAGGUACAGUGUACUGCCAAGUACUGUUGCGCUUUGAGUAUUGUGGGUCAAAGUGUUUCUGGUAUGAAAAGGGAUAGAGUGCAAGGCAUGGCGUGGGCGGAGACGCUGAUGUUACAAGUAAUGGCACGGCUGGGGCAGGCUAGGGAGUUACGUUUUGCUUGUAGGGUUUUUCUGUCGUGUUAGACGCUAAAAGUAAUGCUAUUCUACGGCGCGCUGGGUAUAACUUUACAAGACCAAAUGGCCCAGCCAGAAAAUUGGGGGCAAUGGCAGAAAGCAAAAUGGUACAAAAAGAAACGAAAAAGGGUGGUUUUGGUUUCAGGGCCGCAAAUGGAUGUACGCUUCCGGACCAACGCUUUGAGGGCAAUGGAAGGAAUUUCAGGGUUAGUACCGGACACUUAGCCACGUCGAGUCACAGCUUGCUCAAGGAAGAGCGGAAUACGAUUGACACGCUGAGCGGUGGGAGCGGGGGUGUGGCGCUGCACCGUUCCUGUGAGCUUCUGCGACGGACUAGGACUGUUCAUGGGCAUGUAGACGCGUUCUGGCCCCUCGGGGCUGUAGGCAGACGUUGUAGAACGGGUAUUGGGAGUUAAUGUUGCACGCUUUCGUGAGCGCAGGACGCAAGGUCCACGCCGUAUUUGAUUAUUGCUAGUGUUGUUUCUGUACGUGCUCCUCUUAAGCUACCUGUGGGAGUGUACUUCGAGGGCAACUGCAGGCAUUUAAGGGGUGGCUUCAAACCCGGGAAUAAUGGUCUCCCCCGUGUGAAGUCUCCACGUAUUGUGCGCCAUGGCAAGGAGCGAAGGAGGACGGUAGACAAUACCGGUAUGCGUCUGACGUCUGCGACGCAUUGCCGAACACAUGCGGAUGCGUGGGAUGGUGUACUACUACAGCCGUCAAUAGACGAAUUUUUGCCAUCCAUGUUACGUUGGCAGCAUGUGUGCUUGUGGUUUCUUAUGAUGGGUAUUGAGCAAGGUCAUCACCGGUUGGCUUGUCUCCGGACCGUAAAUUUCAUGUUGGCCUGUGCGACCUCGUUACAGCAGGUCUUUUGGGGACGUAGCAAGCCAUAAAGGGGGGGUGCCUGGCGCCUUCUGCGCAUGUUCGCCUGCGCCACUUGCGCUUAUUGCACCUAAGGCCUGGCAACUUCAUGAUUGGCCGUGGCCUGUGGGCGGGGUCAUGAUAUGCACUCACAAAGCGUCUUAGAUGUCUGGAUUGGCUCUGUGUGUGAUUCCUCCAAACGGAGGCCCUUGGCAGGUUGGUUGGCGACUGCAUGCAUCAACCAUUCAACAUAUUUCACCGUAUGGUGCUGCUGCAUCAGAGUUGCUGCCGUUAAUUGCAUGUUGCACGGUUAUGCGUGACACACUUUACACAACACUGGUCGUUUUCCCUUGCGGCUUGCUUGCGGCUUAGCAGUUAUCUUCGGUAGUAAGAAGUUGGUCGGAUCGGUUUGCGUGUCUCUUAUGCUGUGAAAGAACCCAAACAAACGCCUUGCCAAGUGCGCACCCAUUGUGGCGAACGGCAUGCUUACGGCGCUUCCAACAGACACCUGAGCCUCCCUUUCGAUCAUGGCCUUGGUUCCUAAAUGCUGAGACAUCCUUUAACCGGUAGUGCCCCAGUCCAUCGGGCCAUGCCCGCCUCCUGGGGCCAUCUUCGUGGCUGCAAAGCAUAGCCUGGAAGCGGGUGCAUCGGAUUGCGAGUAGGCCUUUCCAUACCGUACCGGUAGCUGUCAAGGUAGUUUCUCAUGAG